UGAAUCCCCACCCAUUCUUGUUCUCAACACUUUUCAAGUUGUGACAUCUCCAGGUUCUUUUUUUUCUUCUUCUUUCCUCUGUCACCUCUCUGUUAGGAAUGGAUAGACAUGCAUUACCAACCCUCCAGAUGAUUUAGCUGUAACUGACAGUUUCAAGUGGUUGAAGCUCUGCCAUUUUAAGAACAGAUGAUCCGAGGACCAAGCAUCAUGGAAUCCAAUCUGUCGAUGCUCUCAUCCUUGAAAGAGGAAUCCAGCCCUGAGGAUUUCAUCCUGCCUCAUUAUAAGGAAGCAUAUCGGUUAGCUAUCGACUGUCUGGUCAAUGGUGGCAAACAAGUAUACCAGGAGUUCAUCCAAGCCGAGAAGGUCGUAAACUUCCUUUCCGAGGAUGAGAUUGAAUUUAUAUGGCAGAACACAGUACAGCUACCUGUCAAUGAAGAUGAAGAGGAUUUGGAUGAUCCCAGGAACAAGGAAGCCUCCACGGGGACGUACUGGCCCACUCAUUCCGAGGCUCCUGCUCCAGACUUGGAUCUCGGUUGGCCAGAGGUCAUGCUGAACAGACUCCAGACCAACAUAGACCUGCUUUAUCAUCCACCCAGGUUAAACAGCCCCACCAUCAAGGAAGUACUGAGAAAAAGUAUCCAGGAUGCUAGACAGGUCGUCGCAAUCGCCAUGGAUGUGUUUACUGACGUCGACAUUUUUAAAGAAGUGGUCGACGCAUCUAUCCGAGGUGUUCCUGUGUAUAUUCUUAUGGAUCACGCUCAUUUCAGAAGCUUUCUGACAAUGACUGCUAGCCUUGACAUCCAAAUUCAGAAACUCAGGAACAUGAGGGUACGCACAGUGCAAGGUCAGGAGUAUGUUUGCAAAUCAGGAGCCAAAUUCCAUGGUGCCAUGGGACAGAAAUUUCUCUUAAUCGAUUGCCAAAAAGUGUUUUUUGGAUCAUACAGUCUCAUGUGGUCCUGUGAAAAGAUCCACCUGAAUAUGGUUCAAGUCAUAACAGGCGGGUUAGUGGAGUCUUACGACGAGGAGUUCCGGACCCUUUACGCCCGUUCCAACGUUCCAGUUGAGUUCCAGUUACAGGACGUCUAUCUUGACAGACGGCUGAAUGGGAAACUUGAGAAUUUCCUUGGCCACCCGAUCAGACAAUUUGAAAGGAAGGAUCAUUUGAGGCAUACACUUGACUCUGUGUAUCGACAAACCUGUGAAAGACAAGCAGGCUUCAGGAGCACGAUGGAAGAUCUACCGAUCCCACACCAUAGCAGAUUUCUUCAAGAUACACUGGAGUACAACAAGCGACAUAGCUAUGCCGGGGAGCGACGUGAGCCUUCACUCAUUAAUCAGCAGCCUCGGUACGGCACCAGCAACUGGAAUGUAGCAGAAGAUGUUAGACGCUAUGGUGGAAACCACUCUACUGUUAUGGAGAACCCAUAUGAAAGCGCCAGAUUGAACUUCAUAAACAGGGGUGUUAAUGUGCGCCAGUCCUACCACGGCCAUGAUAAACAGGUUCUCUCAAUGCAGCAGAACUUGCCCAGUUUGGCAAAUACCUCCAAAUCUUUUCUACGCACAUGGAGGAUAGAAUCCUACCUCAAAAACAGUGAGGCACCUAUUGGAGAAUCGUAUGAUUAUCUUGACCAAUACGACAUGGAGAACAAACCUGUUCCUGCAUUGCCUUCACGUCUGAGGUCAUCGCUAGUCUUUAGGUCUGUCAUCCCAGAGGAUCCUGAACCCAGCAGUUACACAAGCGAUUCGUUGUCGUCUGCAUGGCGUGAGGAUCAGUUUGGAAUACAGCCCAGUGCACAGUACUAUUCCUCAACACAAUGGAACCAGACAGAUUUAAUGGACAAUCGAGGCCAACCUGAUGAUUUUAUGUUAACGAGACGGAGUACCCAGGGCCCAGACCACUCAGGAAGGGGCUUCAACUCAGGAAGAGAUAUUCUCUAUGCCAGUCUUGGCAGAGCCAAAAAUCGAUUUAAGGUUAAAGAGCCUGAACUCCCACAAGACAACUUGUACAAAAGGCACAGUGUAGCAGACCCCAGGCAUGGCACAUAUAACAGUAACCUUAAAGAAACCUCCAGCCACUUGUAUGGACAUUCAGUAAGAAGUCAAGCAGACAAGAAUCCAGUAGUUGAUCAUUCCAAAAGUGCAGCGUAUCCGCAAACCCUCAAAGAGGACCAGCGGUCUAUCUCACACUAUGACGUCAAAAAGGCUGAAAACGAUGAGCAGCGUUCUAUCUGGCAAGAACCUCCCUCGAGAACCGUCUCUGCGACCGUACUAGAGGUGGAAGACAAUAACCAGAACAAAUCUAACGCAAUAUCAUCGCCACGCUUCUUUAAAAACAGCACCAAGAAAAUCAAAUCACUCCUGAACAUUCCAGAGAAGCGCGACAGCUCACCGAAAAGAAAGCACAAUUCUAGUCUUAAAACAAGUGGCAGCUCUGACACCAUUAUUUCCGAGGACAACGGACAUAAACUAUCGCAGGAUGUGAGACAACAGAGCCCCACAGCCAUUUCCAUGAAAUCCACUGGCAGCGGCACGUUCAAAAAGACAAAUGGGCGGAUCUAUGGAAUUGAGAAUCCUGUUGCUGUCUUUACCGGGGAACCAUCCGCCCCUCGUUUUAACUCGGAGGAGCUCCACAGCAAUGGGCCCACGAGAGCAUCAGAUCGGCUGUAUUCCAACAGUCAGGACAAUAAAAGAAAUGUGGUUCAGGGGACCGCCGGUCAGUUGCAGCAAAGGCCGAUUGGAGUGAAUCGAGUGUACAGUCGUUUUGAACCUCUUUGUUCCUUCGAAAUGAAACAAACCUCUUCAGGACUGGGUACUGCUGAUUCCACAGAGAGACACAGAAGCUCCAUCUAUACCAGAGGCAGUACUUUACAAGACCAAAGCAACCAUAUAGCUCAGCAUAGGCAUAGCAAUGAGAAUAAAUUGGGGCGUUUUAUACAGAGGAAAUUUGGAAAUUUAAUAAACAAGAAUAAAUAACUCAAGCUGUUUGUGUGUAUACGGUGGCGCAGGGAAAUGGGAAAUUUUGGAAUCCUGGGAAAUCAGAGAUUGUUUGGAACCGGUGUGAGCUUGUUUAUAAACCAUUAGUGUUAGUUCUAAUGGAGCGGUGGAGUGGUGCACAACGAGCGCUUGCUGUUAAAGCUUUUAUAAGAACGGUGAUAGUGUGAAAAAAAACAGGUUCAACUUUAAAACAGAGGUCUGAACCUUCUGCACACCCGAGGAUAUCGAGGCUGUUCGAGCUGCCGGUCGACAUCACGCAUGACGUCCUGACCGGUAAUGAUAUGGAAAUUCCCUUUCGCUCUCAAUAUCAUCAUUCUUAUUAAAGGUUUUACAGUGAACUUUAGUCAUGCGCCAAUCCACUGCUCCAUUAUAAUUAACGAUAAGGGAUUUGGAACGAGCUCACACCGGUACGAAAUAAACGCCGACACCCUACCAGAGUCGCCAACUCCUAGUUCCAAAAAUGUUCCUGCACCGCUCUGCACCACCCUGCACCAUCCUGUAUCAAACAUAAAUAAGGAACAAGCUUUUUUUAAUUGGCACUUCAGACGUCAUUUGAAGCAUGGAGAGGAAAAAACCCUUUAUCUGAUUUGUCUGCUACAUUAUUGCUUGGGGGAAAAAUCCUGAUAACUUGAAGAAGAAAAUAACAAACACUAUACAUCAAAUUCUCAUUGGUAUAAUUAAAAAUGUGUGCAAUAUGUUAAUUAGACUAUUAGUGUUGCUGCAUUGGGAUUAAAACUUGCAUCGUGUGCACCAUAUGAUUCUGCACUGCCCUUUGGUUUUGGGUGAUUCUCAGGUACAUCCCUCAAGAGAAUCCAGAACCCAGUAUUUAUAUCAUGGCAAAUUAAUUUAUGCCAAUGCACAAUAUUACUUCUCAAUGGAAUGAAACCCGGUAAGAAUGUUAUUGAGUGUGUUUUUAUUCUGUUUGUAUUAAACACACCACAUGUACAGGUUCAGGACACAUGUACAUUCAGGAAACUAUAAAUAUUUACUUCGAGCACAUCUGUUGAUUUUAAUGUUUUUACCUGCAUUGUUUACAUUUUUAAUUAAAGGUGUUAUUUUUAAGCA